AUGGCCCCGCAGGAACUUGUCCCUCAAACGGAGUCGAUUGCUGAGGUCUACGCAACCGACGAUGCCUCUUCCCAGGCAGUUGCCCCAGAGCACCAGGCGCGCUUCAACGGCCUGGUUUCCCAGUUCACCAAAUCUUACGGUCAAUGGCCCGAUUUCGUGGCCCGGAGCCCGGGUCGCGUGAACAUUAUCGGAGAACAUAUCGACUACAACCUGUACGAUGUCCUUCCCACAGCCGUCAGCGUUGACGUGAUUAUCGCCGUCAAGGUCGUUCCGACGUCCAGAGAGUCGACCGUGAAGAUUGCGAAUGUGCAGCCGGACAAGUUCCCCACGCGCGAGUUUACUGUGCCGCGCGAUACCGAUAUCGAGAUUGACCCUAAGAAGCACGAGUGGGUGAACUACUUCAAGGCUGGGUUGUCGGGUGCGUUGAAGUUCUUGCGCAAGGAGCGGUCUUCAUUUGCCCCCGCCAGUGUCGAGGUUCUUGUCGAUGGUAAUGUGCCUCCUGGCGGUGGUAUCUCGAGUAGUGCAGCUUUCGUCUGCGCUAGUGCGCUUGCAGUCAUGAAGGCGAACAACCACGAUGUCUCGAAGCAGGACCUUCUUGAUCUCGCUGUGGUCUCGGAGCGCUCGGUUGGCGUUUACUCCGGAGGUAUGGACCAGGCUGCUUCCAUCUUCUCCCGCCGAGGAUACCUGCUCUACACCCAGUUCUUCCCUACAUUCGACGUCCAACAUGUUCCCGUCCCCAAGGCCGACGAGGAGAUUACCUUUCUCAUGGCACAAAGCUUCGUCACUUCCAACAAGGCCGAAACCGCACCCCGUCACUACAACCUGCGUGUGGCUGAAUGCACACUCGCCGCCGUCGUGCUGGCCGCGCAACACGGCCUGACCCUCCAGAAGGACAACAGCUCUCUGGGAUACAGUCUGCGAAACUUCCACCAUGAGUUCAUGCGCAAGGAGGGCCGCCUCAGCGACCCUCUUGAAUCCCAGAUCGACUCCGUCAUCCAAACAACCCUGGAACUCCUGCCCCAAGAGCAAGGGUAUACUCGGGAAGAGAUUGCAAAACUCCUGGGCAUCACCGUCGGCGAGCUCGAGUCUAAGUUCCUGUCCGCAUUCCCCGUCCAGGCAGAGCGUUUCCUCCUCCGCCAGCGUGCCCUGCACUGCUUCAAGGAAGCCCGCCGUGUUCUCGACUUCAAGGCCUGUCUGGCUCAAUCCUCCACCCUCGACUCUCAGCGCAUUGACUACCUUGGCCAGCUCCUGAACGAGUCCCAGGACUCCUGCCGCACUACCUACGAGUGCAGUGCUCCCGAGGUUGACGAUAUCUGUGCUAUUGCGCGCCGCGCAGGUACCUUGGGUAGCCGUCUCACUGGUGCCGGGUGGGGUGGAUGCACCGUCCACAUGCUGCCGCAGUCCAAGGUUGAGGCUGUGACCAAGGCUCUGAAGGAGGAAUACUACCUGAAGAAUUUCCCUGACAUUAGCGAGGAGAAAUUGGCACAAGCAAUGGUUAUUAGCAAGCCGUCAAACGGCUCGUUCAUGAUUACUGGGGCUGCAAUUGCCCAGGUUGACGCUUAA